CCGUCCUCCCCUGCUUUAGCUCCGUCCUCCCCUGCUUUAGCUCCGUCAUCCCCUGCUUUAGCUCCGUCAUCCCCUGCUUUAGCUCCGUCCUCCCCUGCUUUAGCUCCGUCCUCCCCUGCUUUAGCUCCGUCCUCCCCUGCUUUAGCUCCGUCCUCCCCUGCUUUAGCUCCGUCCUCCCCUGCUUUAGCUCCGUCCUCCCCUGCUUUAGCUCCGUCCUCCUCUGCUUUAGCUCCGUCCUCCUCUGCUUUAGCUCCGUCCUCCCCUGCUUUAGCUCCGUCCUCCCCUGCUUUAGCUCCGUCCUCCCCUGCUUUAGCUCCGUCAUCCCCUGCUUUAGCUCCGUCCUCCCCUGCUUUAGCUCCGUCCUCCCCUGCUUUAGCUCCGUCCUCCCCUGCUUUAGCUCCGUCCUCCCCUGCUUUACUCCGUCCUCCCUUGCUUUAG